AUGCUCAGUCCAGUAACAACAGCCCCCGACAAAGCUCUUCGUCAAUCCGAGCAGAUGCCAAAGCCAGAGGAUGUUUUCGAAGAUGAAGCCAUGACUGUACUGCCACUUACUCCUGUGCCAACUGAUCUGGGCUGUGCCCUGACCGAUCAUGCUUUCUUGAUCUCCCGACGAGACUACUUGGAUAGUCCAUCUUGCCCAGACAAUGGAAUUUGGAGCUUUCUAGGUAAACAGGGAUUCGUAUGGGGUCCAUAUCAGCCUGGCACUUGCUUUAAUCUUGCUGCCAUGGCAGUGAGCCUUGCUGCCUACGGUAUUAGGGAGAAUCGGCCCGACGUCAUGGAACAAGGCCGGAGAAAGUAUGCAGAUGCCUUAAUGGAGACAAGAGCAGAACUCUGCAGCCCUGUGGUUGAGCCAACGGAUGAGCUAUUGAUGACCUGUUUGCUAUUAUCAGCAUAUGAGGUGAGCCGGAUCGUGAAUGCUUGGUUCAUCGACAUUGACCAUCCUCAGGAUCAAGUAUGCAACUUUGAUUCUAAUAUUGAUACAUACAAGACCUUCUCAGAAGGAUCUCGCCAUCAGGAAGGUGCUAUGGCUCUGCUUAGAAUGCGCACUCUUAGUCCAGUCAAGAACGAUCGCAGCCUUUUGAUCGAUAAGUAUAUCAGAAGGCAGCUGCUUCGAUCAAAUCUGUACCGAGCGUUACCCUUACCCGAAUGGCUCGAGGACGGUAGCCUUUUCGGCGAGGUAGGCCACGAGUUGGAGCUAGAUCGCCAUCUUAUACAGACCAUAAACAUCAGACACGAUGUGCUGUCGCUGUUCAAACACAUCAAGAGCAUGAGCGCAUCUGAUAGCCAUAGGGUAACUUCUGCUUUGUUUCGAAGCAUCCGGGAUUGUCGCGACUGCGAUAUAGCUCUUCAGGCAUGGUCGACAACAGCGCCUCCAGAAUACGACUAUCAAACCAUCAAGAUCGAUAUCCCGCCCUACAAACCCAAGCGCGAGAACAUCUUUUACUCAACUACAUCCCAUGCGUACAACGACCGAAUGUGCGCGAUUUCUUGGAAUCGAUACCGUGGUGCUCGACUCGUGGUCAACGGACUUCUGCAUAGAGCUAUCGUUUGCGCUAUAACCAUUGCGCACCCUGAUCAAACAUUAGGCUCAAUCUCACUGCCCGGCUAUAUUGACAACAAGGAGACGAUCCUGGGCUUGGUAGACGACAUUUGUGCCAGUGUUCCAUAUCACUUCGGCGCCACCAAAGCAACCAUCCCGAGCUACGAGCUGGACGAAGAUACAGCGACACGAAUAUACCCCUUGGCAUGCCCUCUACUACUCGCUUCGGGGGCUUUGUUCGUGCCUGGUGACCAACGCGAAUGGAUAAAGAUGAUUUUGGGUCUCAUUGGCCGGAUUACUGACAGUACAUUGUUGAUGGCGGCAACCAAGCUGGAUUUGCAAGAUCAAUCUUGCUUGUUGAAGUACGAUGCGAAGCCUGAGAAAGGUCCUACCCCUUAG